AUGGAGCUUACUAACUAUUCUACUCUUGUACACAAGAGCUACAUUGUUGAAGACAAUUUAAAGAAGGUACAAGAGGAGAGACAGGUUAAGUGGCAACAAAAGAAAGAGUCUGGAAAAUUUGGUCAACAAUUGAAGGUAAAGACUCCCCAAGGAAAGGGAAAACAAGUACAGACAUCUAGUUCCCCAAAAGCAAAGAAGUGUCUUAAGUGUGGCAUAGAUCAUGGGGGAGAGUGCUUGGUUGGAAAACAAGUCUGCUACUACUGCAAACAGCCUGGUCAUAUGGCUCCCUUUUUCCCAAUACGCCAAAAACAAGCAGAGUCCAACCCAAACAAGUCUAACACAGGAAGGGUCUUUUGUCUCAGUGCAAAGAAAGGUAUGAAUCAUAAUCUAAUAACUGGCACUGGAUUCAUAAAUGAAAUUCUUUUAAUUGUCAUGUUUGACACUGGUGUAUCCCAUUCUUUCAUCUCCUCUGAUUUUGUUUUGCAACAUAAUCUUCCUGUACUUGAAAUGCCUUAUCCCUUAAUUGUAAGCAUUGCAUCAAAGAAUUCAAUAGAGACCUCCUUAGUAUGUCACCAGUGUCAAAUCACUCUGUUUGAUAGAGUUUUUCCAAUAAACCUAGUAUGUUUGCCCCUUAAGGGCUUGGACAUCAUAUUAGGAAUGGAUUGGAUGUCUGAUCAUUCAGUAACUUUGAUUUGCCAUGGUAGGAAAGUCAUAAUUCCUCCAGGAAUUCCCCAACCAGAGGAAACCAAAUACCGCUCCUUGACCAACAAUUCCUUACUCUUCCAAUGUCUGACCAAUGGGGUUCAAGGCGUAUUAUUUUUACUAUCCUCUAACUCAGGGUUUGAAAUGGACUUGUCCAAUAUUCCUGUAGUCAAUGAGUUUGAGGAUGUCUUUCCAGAGAAUGUGACAUCUUUGCCUCAUCAAAGAGAAGUAGAGUUCUCAUUAGAUUUGGUCCCUGGAACAAAACCAAUCUCCAUUGCCCCUUACAGGAUGUCCCCGUUAGAAUUAAGUGAGUUGAAAAACCAAUUAGAGGACUUGAUAACCAAGCAGUUUAUCCGACCAAGUGUGUCUCCUUAG